AAAACAUAACUCGCGCAAUGCUUCGAUUCCUCAACAAAAAUUUCAUAACCCGACCGGGCCCUCUAAUCGGGCUGAGCUGCCGAUGGUUGUCCGUCAAAACCACCGUCUUGAGCUUCGGCGACGAUUCCCAGGGUGCACUUGGUCUCCAAAACUCCCCUUUCGGGCUUAGCUCCGACGCCUACGAGCCCACUCCUAUACCGGGCCUUCCGCCUGAUGUUUGCAGCGUCGCCGCCGGUCACUACCAUUCUCUCGCCGUUACUUCUGAGGGCCACGUUUGGGCUUGGGGCCGGAAUAACGAGUCUCAGCUCGGCCGCGGCCCGCUCUCUCCUAGAGAGACGUGGAGUAAACCACAAAAGGUGGAAGGGUUGGAUAAGGUGAUGGUUCGAGCUGCGUUUGCAUCUGGUGUUGUAUCUGCUGCUAUUGGAGAUGAUGGUGCAUUGUGGGUGUGGGGGAUGUCGAAGCGUGGACAGCUAGGUCUUGGGAAACAUGUCACCGAGGCUGUCUCACCGGCCAGGGUUGAAUCACUUCUCGGACAUGAGAUAGUUAAGGUUUCACUUGGCUGGGGACAUGUUCUUGCACUGACUAAGGGUGGGAAAUUGUUCGGAUGGGGUUAUUAUGCAGAUUGUAGAUUAGGGAGGAUUGGUAGAUCUUUGGAGGCCUCACCAUUGGAUUCCAUUUCUGAAAAAGUAAUAUCGCUGAGUGAGAAUAAGAGUAUGAUGAUUGAGGCAGCUGAGAAGCUGGUUUCAGAAGCAAUGGAGAAGGAAACAGAUAUGCCUAUAAUCUGGGAGCCUACUUUGAUAGAAGAAGUCAGUGAUGCUGAAGUUGUGGAUAUGGCUUGUGGGCUUGAUCAUUCCUUAAUACUAUGCGGGGAUGGUACGCUUCUGAGUGGGGGGAGCAACGUGUAUGGCCAACUUGGUCAAGUGACGGGAUAUUUAGGAUUGCAUUCUGUCGACCUUGGCCUCCGGCCAAUCUGUAUAGCAUCAGGGCUCGGGCAUUCUUUAGCUAUCUGCAGUGCAGAAGAAGGGCCAACUAUUUUUACAUGGGGGUGGAACCAGUGUUCUCAACUUGGGAGAGACGGCCCAGAGAAUAUGCCCUUCGUUGUUGAUAGUUUGGUUGGUGAAAUGCCAGUUUCUGUUUCCGGAGGCCGGGUGCAUUCUAUUGCAGUAACAGAGAAGAGGGAGGUUUGGUCUUGGGGCUGUGGUAGAAAUGGCAGGCUCGGAUUGGGUAGCUCUGCUGAUGAACCCGAACCUAUGUUGGUCGAAUAUUUGGAGGGCUCUGAUGUUUUGCAAGCUGUCGCAGGGUUUGAUCACAAUCUGGUUCUUGUUCGUGAAUGAUGGCUAUCAUCAAGCUGUUUCUUGUAUUCCAUGUCCACCUCCAAGAUUUCCCGAGGCAGGGAAGUCUGGAAACGAGCUCAACGCUAUCUCCAAACGAAGGUGAAAUUUAGCACAAGUGUCAUAAUGUACGGUAAAUGCAGUCAUAGUGUUAAACUGUUGAUGAAAAUUUUACUCGAGUUGAUGGGAUGAACUUACCUCUGUUCGAUAUUUUCCUCUGUAAAAUCGAGUGGUGCAGAUGAGGCCGAUAUUGGAGAAGUAGAGAACCUCUGGCUUCGGUUUCUGAGCUCGGUCGUUAUCGUUGUUCCAUUCCUGAGCUGCAAAUGAUGUGAUGGAUUUAGAAACUUUGCUGUGGCAUGGUUAAGGUUUUCGUCUGUUUUUGUUAGCCAAGAAAUAUGUGGUCAAAACAUGAAUAAUGUUUAUGUUGAAUAUUUAUGUACUAUUCAUGAUUUUUUUUA